CGCUCUCUUUUGUUUUCAAUCUUCUGUGCCUCUGAUUUCUAUCAUGGAUACUGUUGAUGAUCCGAUGCCUGCGCAUAUGAAGAUAUUCGAAACCGCAAAGACGGUCGUCUUCUGGGAUGUGGAGGAUUGCCCAAUCCCUAGUGGUAGCAAUGCUGUUGAGGUUUCGAAGAACAUCAGAUCAGUACUUGUGAAGAUGAAGUAUCUUAGUAGGGCUUCCAUCUAUGCUUAUGGCAAUAAGAAUCAGAUCGUGGAUGGUCUUGAACCAGCCGCAAUUGUCGAGCACCAAACAGAAGGAGAUGCAUAUAACACAUCUGACCCUGUUAACAUGGAUUAUCGUGGUGCGGCAUCCAUCUAUGCCGAUGAGAACCAGGAUAAGUCUCCUGAAGUCGUGGUCAAUCAUUCACCAGGAGACAAAAAUGCCAGACUUCGGAAGAUUUUAGUGAACAUUUUUACCUGGGCAUUGGAUAACCCUUCACCAGCAAACGUGAUGCUAAUCUUGGGAGAGAUCGAAGAACACCACAGCUUCGUAGCUGCUGUUCACCGUUUGCAAAAUUUGAAGUGUCACAAUGUUCUCUUUGCACAGCCUGAAAACAAAUCAGUUCCGCUAGAUUUUCCUAUAUCGACAAAAUGUCUUUGGGAAACACUAUCAGUUGGAGGCCUCCAUAUCGUCCAAACUGAACCUGUUGAAAAUACUUUGAAGGGAACGAGAAGGUCGCCUCUCAGGAGGUUUAUUUUUGCUUGCCGGAACUUUAGUUUGUACUGCUUCCCGAAGGCUGUCUCGACGACUCCUGCCUAAGGUCUUCUAACUAAAGUUCUUGGGGGUGAGUUUUGCUAGCUCAAAAAUUUUGUUGCUUCCUUUUGUUGCUAAGCUUACACUUGUUUGCUUUUUUCGGGCUGUGGUCUUUCUAUCUUAUGUUUGAGUGUAAAUUUCCAAGACUGUGAACAAUUUUCCUUUUUAGGCAUUAGAGAAUAGAUUAGAUAUUGCUCAACACAUACAAAAGCAGAGGAAUAAUACAGAGGAAGUCAACGGAAGUGUUGAUUGAAAGCUGACUUGGUCAGCAAACAUAGAUGUAAUAAUUUCUUACUCAGGUCCGUAUUUCACCA